AUGUCUUCGAUAGGCCCGCAGCUCCCACCACAUCUCGCAAAGCGAAAGCGCACUCCCGAAGAUGAUGAAGACGCCAAGCCCUCGUCGCCCGCCGCAAAGAAUGCCCGAACAAUAGGGCCUGCACCACCAAACCAAGACGAGAUCGAUCUUGAUGACUCGGACUCGGACGACGGGUACGGACCCAAGGCGCCACAGACCGUCUCUAGGCCUUCAAUUCCUACCAAAAACUCCGAAGAAAUAGACUUGGACGGCUCAGAUUCUGACGUUGGCCCUGCGCCUCCCAAGGCCGCCGCGGCUGGACCCUCGCUACCACCUCCCGCAAAACGCCCAGCGUCGGAGUCGGAUUCAGACUCAGAUUCAGACGACUACGGACCCGCCCUUCCUACAGUCGCCACGGCCAGGCCGGUCAUGGGACCAGCAAUGCCCCCAUCCGUCGACGAAGGACCAAAGCGAGACUCGUGGAUGCUCGCACCGCCGACAGAGACAGGCUACUCGGAGCGCGACCCAACCCGCAUCCGCGCGCGAAAGUUCGCCUCCAAGACAUCCUCAUCCUCGGGUUCAAAGGGAGGUGUCUCUUCCAUCUGGACAGAGACUCCCGAGGAGAAGCUACAGCGCUUGCAAGACUCUGUUCUCGGGCGCGCAACACCUGGCAAGGACGGAUCCUCUGCCGAUGAUGCGAGGGCGAGGGAGGCAGAGGAGAGGAAUCGAAAGAUUGCUGCUAAUAUCGAGUCGAAGCGGGGAGAGAGCUUGUACGAGCAGCACAGCAAACUCCGGAAAGAAAAAGGCGACGCACCGGGGCAGGAAGAGGAUGAUCCAAGCAAAAGAGCAUUUGACAAGGAGAAGGACAUGGCUUUGGGUGGACAAAUAGGAACCGCCAAGAGGAGGGAACUGAUGAACAAAUCAGCUAAUUUCGGAGGCAGGUUCCAGAGAGGAAAUUUCCUAUGA